UUACAGUCGUCAGACCACACCCAGCAGUUCGCCGACAUGCGUCCCUCUCAGCAACUGGUCUGCCUUCUGGCAGUCGCACUGACUGCCGUAUCGGCUGCAACGAUUACUUCAAAAGAUGCCAUCAUGCAGCGUGUAGACAAUAGCGCUGAGGCCAUGACACCUGAUAGACAACACUCAGCAAUUGCAGCCCAACAAGUGAUCGAACAACGGUCUCUGGACGACGCUACCCUUCUUGCAUGUUACGACGGUCAAGAAUAUAAGCCACUACCUGCGGGGGUGUACUACAUACAGUCACCCAACUACAGACCAGGCAAUCCCGGAAAUUAUACCAAUAAUUACCAAUGCAUGUACAAAUUCAAGGCGGCUGACAACAAAAGCAAACUACGGAUCGACUGCUUCUUCUUUCAACUGGAAGGCAAUAUGCCAGAUUGUGUUAGAAAAGACUACCUACUCUUUCAGACCGAAGACCUAUUUGCGACCUAUUGUGGAAAAAACAUACCGAAGACGAUGCUCUCGAGGUUCGUGUAUGCUUUUUUCCAGACCAAUUCGGAAAUCACCGACAAGGGUUUCUUCUGCACGAUUAUGUCCAAAGAGGCGUUGGCCGGCUCCGGCAGUCUGCCGUGCGGCAAACAUAACCUUCCACCGGGAACGUACAGCCUCCUCAGUCAGAACUACCCCGACAACUACGGAACCAACAUCUACUGCAAGUGGGAGCUGGUAGCCAGCGAUCCGUCAAACACAGUGGACUUCAGCUGCAGCAGCUUUGACAUGAUCUCCUGGGACAACUCCUGCGAGUGGGACUGGAUGAAGGUUGACGGCGUCCGCCACUGCAACAACAACAAGCCCGCUCCGCAGCAGUUCACAGGCGGCGUCACCGUGGAGUACUCCACACCGAACUUACCCCACAAAACAAGAAAGGGAUUCAAAUGCACUGUUACUGUUAUACCGCGCCCCACUGGGGGACACUUUUUCUGUUGA